UAGUGAGCCACUCACAUGAGCGCAGGAAUCUAUAUAUCUGCGCUCUUUCAUCCCUUCUCGCCUCAGAAAAAGACGUCUGUGAGUAUUUGUCACUUAUUGUAUAAGAUUUAACAAGCGGGGACACAAAACUGCAACCAUGUCUGAAGGGACCCCGAAACCAAAGCCAAAAAUCUCGGCAUCUCGCAGACUGUUCUUGAAGACCAAACUGCUAAAGAAGGCCAUGACUCUGCUGGAGAGUGAGAAGCAAGUCAGAAAAGAUGAACGAGAGAGGAUCCUUGGUGAGAGAGUUCCAGCCCUUCAAGUAUCUGGCCUGUCUAUGCAGGACCUACAGAAUCUUUGCAAAGAACUACACCAGAAAAUUGAUGUGGUUGAUGAGGAGCGGUAUGACAUUGCAUCUAAAGUGUCAAAAAAUGACAUGGAGAUUCAGGACCUGUCUCAGAAGAUCUAUGAGCUGAAGGGUAAGAUGAAGAGACCAAACCUGAAGAGGGUGCGGGUGUCGGCUGAUGCCAUGCUGGGAGCUCUGCUGGGCGCUAAGGUCAAAGAGUCAGUGGACUUCAAGGCCAACUUGAAGACGGUGAAGAAAGAGGAGGAGAAGAAAGAGGAAGUGACCGACUGGCGUAAGAACGUGGAGUCCAUGUCUGGUAUGGAAGGCAGGAAGAAGCUGUUCGAUGCUGGGCAGUAGAUUUGAAGUGAAGAUCUCUGUGAAGAUGCUGCUUCAAAACAAGUGGAACCAGUGAACUGUAUAAUGACAGUGAAAACAAAGAUCAGUAAAAGUGCAGGUUCUGGCUCAGUUCAUGUUUUAAGCGUUUGUUUGACUGGUCAUAAUGAACAAAGUGUCUACAGGAUAAUUCUAUGAAUACAUAUUAUAUUUGCAUAAUGUAUGCAAUGAAAAUAUAUGUAUUUAAUAUAAUAGUGCACUAUGCUG